AUAUUACUCUAGCAUCCGAAAAGAAAAUCGUUCCAAUAUUCAGCACAGACGGGACUGCAUCACAGGACCAAGCACCCUUUUUUCACGAGUUUUGUUGUUUCAUUUAGUUUGCGGUGAAUCAAAUUACAUACUUCGGGUAUUUGUUGUUCAGUGCAAAGUAAUAAAAAAUAUGGUUUCAGUUAACGUCAUAGUUGCCGUGAAAAUUCAUCAAAAGUGCCCCUAGAAAUGUCGAUUAUCGUCUGCGCCAUUGAAGCCAUCUUUGUUUUCAAACGACCUUGAAAGUUAUUUUACGCUUAUCAAAGGAAUUUUCGGGUGUACAAUAUCUACCUAAACAGUUUCUCUUCUGUUCGAUGUCUGGUGCAUGCGUGAAGAACUAAUCAAAUCAACAUAAAGUGCAAACAAUGAUGCCUCCAUACUCGCUCGGAUACACAGAACCAUUGAAAUAAUACAUUGGUUAUUCUUCGACUAUUCUGCGUGUCUUCGGUUUCAGUUUUCAUUUUUUUUUUGUGAAUAUUUAUUCGGUGAUAGAUCAGACAGCAUGACCAACAGUGUUAGUAGUCACUUCGGUGAUGUGAUCAGAAACAUGAUGGGAUCAUCGGAGCAGCAACAAUCGUCGUCGGACAAUGGAGUCAAUGGCAAUAAUAAUCUUAAGAGCUUUGUUAACAAUAACAUAGCUACAUCUGACAAUAGGAAUUACAAUGUGAAUAGUCAUCAAACCAAAAAUGCCGCAUCGUAUUGUUUGACAUUGCAGAACAGCAUAAGCCUGUACAACUUGUAUGCAAACAAUGAUAAACGUGACGCAACCAAAGAAGAAAAUGCAUCAUGCAGUACUACCACGGGCAACCGGGUCGACCAAAAAGACAUAAUAGAUGGAGCAGAAUUUAAGUCUACCACAAUUGCAACUACACCUAGUACAAACAAUUACAAUAAUACGAAUGACCUUCAAAACCAACACCACAACUAUUCCAAAUCCUACGAUAGUCAACCGGAUUCAAAGCUAGAAAAUGCAUUCGAUGAUCCUGCCGACAGUGACGACCCUAGCACUACCGAUUCCACAAAUAAUUGUAUGUCUCCGAUUAAACCACCAUUGGCAGAUCACAUGGCCAUCAGUCAGCAAAACGCUGCCCUCUUGACACCUGAUCAUCACGCCCGAAGACCUAUGAAUGCUUUUCUGAUAUUUUGUAAGCGUCAUAGAACCAUAGUGAGAGAUCGGCAUCCAAAUUUGGAGAAUAGAUCAAUAACCAAAAUUCUUGGCGAUUGGUGGGCAAAUUUGGACAAAGAUCAGAAAGCCAGCUACACGAAUCUCGCAAAGCAGUAUAAAGAUGCAUUCUUCACUGCUCACCCUGACUUCAAAUGGUACAAGUUGCCUGCCCCACCACUUCGGCCGCAGGGAAUCCGACCGGUGAAAACAGAACUGGAACUUGGUUCUGAGUACGAAUUCGAAGAUGGGGGAUUGUACGAAACAGUCGAAACAAAGUACGAAGGACAACUGGACACGGAUCAACGCACAAACAUCACAACCGGUGAUUUCAUUGCCGGUGAUAAUAAUUAUACUUACAAUGAAUCACAAACCGUGGUGAGCCAGAAGCAGAAGGAUUUGGAGAUGGGUGUCUUUAAGUUGGCUGAUGAAGCACAAAUGGGUGGUCUGAACAGCCUUAUGACUGAUACAUACGAAGGAAAAAUCAAUCAAAAUGAUUCUUUGAGCUGCGACUUCAGUGAAAUGAAACAGGAGCGUGCAACGCUGGAUAUUAGUUCACCCGAACCUAAUAUUGUGACGGAGCCAUGCAUCAACAUGAAAAAUCAUUUUUAUUCCAAACGUCCGAACGAUACAAAUCGUGAGUUGAGUGCCUAUGAUAGUAAACGGUUUAAGAGAGCUUUUGAUUCUAUUCACUACGAGUACUAUGAUGAAGACUAUACAAGAAAGACUGCGCGAGCAUGCAAGGGGAAACGAUAUAAGGAAUUCAUGACACACACGAGACUGAGCUCGGCUUCAAAGAAGGCUUCGAGAAGUGCCACUGUGGUUCGAGAAGAACAACCAAUAGCGCCAACUGCUGAAGAGAGCAGCCCACCUUCAAUUAUUCCGGAUCAAGUCUUCGACGAUCCAAUAAACCAACGAAAUGGUUUAUUUGAUUCGAACUACUCUGGUUGCAACGCGUCGUACGAUGAACCAAAUAUCGUUGUGAAAAGUGAACCGAAGCAUUUCGACGCUUCGGACUUUGAUUUGGACAAAAAAAUCAAUGAACUUCCUUGUUUGGAUCUGGAUGAGUAUCUGACAAAGAAGAAAGAUACUAAGAAGAAAAAGAAAAUCAAAGGUAAAUUCAAGUCAACAAUCAAGCCUCGCGUACCUGCCGUCGAGCAGAUGGAGAAAAUUGUCGGCAGUCGCAAGCGGAAGGCCCGCAAGGAAAGCAUCACCCGUCGGGAUGUCAGUUCAUCGGAGAACCUGGUGCCUGAGGCAGACGCACUUUUUGCGCUCGCAACAUUGGCGGCAGUGGCCGCCAACGAAAAUCAUAUCGGCGAAAAAACCAUCUAAGUCAGAUUCGUGGUCCAAUUUGCGGCAAUUUGACCGGCAAUAAUUGAACAGCCAGUGUAAUGAUAGAUACCUACUGUUUUAAGUAAAUACAGAAAUUAUUUUCAAAUAUUUGCUACAAGCAUUAGCGUCAUUUGCGUACAACGCAAACAGAAUCCUAGUAAGAAAACAAAAGAUAAAAGAGACAAACGAUCACAUCGUUGAUAUAUUUUUAGAUUUAAAUAUCGUUGAUCUGUUUUGAUUUUUAUUUGAUGUGCUAAAGGCCGAAGAUGUAUCACAAACGAGUCGAAACUGAUUGAUUCCUUGUUAUUCAUAUUUCACACAAAAAGUUGUUACAUAUUCGAAACCAAUUUUUUAUUCUCACGAUUAAUAGUAUUGUCUUGAAAGUAAUGAUCUAAAAUAGAUAUUCCCUCAUUUAUUUAAAAAUAUAUAAGUUGAAGGUAUGCUUCAAAUCCGUUUUUCUAUAAUAAGUAAGUAAUUGCUUGAAAGAUAUCUACAACAAUAGGAUACUGUUAGACAUGCCCAUCAAACGUAAAAGUUUACAUUUCUGCCGUUUCCUACGUUCGAAAAGUUAAUUAUUAUUAUAUGUGCUUAUGUUAAAUUUAAUAAACACUAUCUGGUUUUAUUCUAAUAAAUUGUUCGAUAAAAAAAUGA